CAUCGGGUCACCAGGCAUGACAGCGGGCACUGGGUCAUCAGGCAUUGGAUCGUCUGGCUCGACAGCGGGCAUCGGGUCACCAGGUAUGACCGUGGGCACUGGGUCAUCAGGCAUUGGAUCGUCUGGCUCGACAGCGGGCAUCGGGUCACCAGGCAUGACAGUGGGCACCGGGUCAUCAGGUACCGGAUCGUCUGGCUCGACAGCGGGCACUGGGUCAUCAGGCGUGAUAGGAUCAUCAGGCUGGAUCAGUUCAUCAGGCUGGGUACAGACAUCAGGCUGGGUACAGACAUCAGGCUGAAGUGCGGGUGCCGAGGCACCAGGCUGAACCACGGAAGGCAGGUUCUCAGACGGCAGGCUCACCGGUUUGGAUACUGGCAGGAUGGUACUGGUUGGAAAGAAUUUCCGCUUUUUUCUGGUUUUAACUACUGGGGCACUGCAAGUAAUUGCAGGUCUGCAAACGAAUGGAGCAGCUGAGGACAGAGAAGAGCUGGAAGAUGGAACAGAGGAGGGAGCAGUUGCUACAGAGGACUUCUUUACAGGGUUAAAGAAAGGAUAGGUGCAGCGAGUGGGAGCAGAGGACUGGUAUGUGGUAGUUAGAGUAUACUGGGCAGUCACUGGGGGUGCUGUCGGGGAUACAGGAAGAGUGCCUUGAGUGGAGGAAUGAUGUUGUAAGCUGACUGAGGCUGGGUGCAACAAGUCUGACCAUGUCUGCAGUAUGGGUUGAACAAAGUUCAGCUUACACAAAGCCUGUCUGACCAAAGACUGCACUGCGUUUAUACAAUCCCUUAAUACCUGUGGUGAACAUGCAGCAUAAUGCUCCAAGAAACAAUCCACAUCAUCCUCUAAUAACCAUACUAGGGAUUCUACCUGGUCGUCCUCAAAAUUGUAUGUUAGUGCAAAUAAAAAAAGUAUCACGGGGGUACCAGAUGAAACCAACUCAGUACAAACCUGAAUCAAUGGCUGCACCUCAGAGAAUUCUGUGCCCUGAUCUACUAGAACAUGAGCGAUCCUUAUACACUCUAGUAGUUGAUCCCUGGGAUACUCUUUCAGAGUCUGAUAAGCAUACUCUCUGUCAUCAAACACUAGCAGAGAUAAAUACACAACCUCAUCAAGAUCCAUCCUUCCCA